AAUCUAACUUUAUCCGACGGUACCUGAACACCACAUUAGGUUUGGGUUACACCUCAAGUGCUUGCAAGAUGCUAAAAGAAAAUACGUUAUUUUGGCAUAUAUGGGGAAAACAACGUAUCUUGGUGUAAUAUUAUUGAGUCAGGAUGGACGAAGAAGCAAAGACACCAACGUAAGUAUCAUUAAAUUUUGAGUUUUGGGUUUAAUAUACAGUAAAAAGGGGUCCCGGCAGGCUAGCUCCUAGGCUAACAGCGAUAGCUUGCCAGUAAAAACAACCUGAGCUGUGUAGCCGGCUGCUGCUUUAUUUAUGGCAGCUCAACUUCGUUAUCUAAAUACUGAAGAGCUUGACACGUCUAUAUACCAUAAUUGACAGCGAAUUAAACACAAUUUCUACCAUACCAGGAUUUUUAAAACAUGUAUUUCGUUAUAAAUGAUUAUCCCCCAUGAACUGCUUACAGUGUCAAAGUUGAGCUGUCUCAUCGUUGCAGAUGUGAUCUUCUGGAUUUGCCGUGGGAGGAUGUACUUGUUCCACAUAUUUUGUGCCACUUGCCACUUCAACACAUCGUCAGCCUGCAGAGAGUGAGCAAGCAGUUCCACAGCCUCAUCCAGGUGUAUCUAGCAAACUGCAGGACUUUUGAUCUAUCCCCGGUAAGUCCUAAAAUCUGAGAGUUUAUCAAAUUUAAAACAUACACUGAGUGGUAUUACAGUGGAUAUAAAAAGUCUAAACACCCCUGUUCAAAUGCCAGGUUUUCGUGGUGUAAGAAAAUGACGGCAAGGUAAAUAAUUUCAUAAUUUUUUCCACCUUUAAUGUGACCUAUAACCUGUACAAUGCAGUUGAAAAACAAACUGAAACCAUAAAAGGGAAAAAUAUAAAACAGAAAAGUUAAAAUAACCUGGUUGCAUAAAUAUGCACACCCUUAAACUAAUACUUUGUUGCAUAGCAUUCAGUCUUUUUGGGUAGGAGUCUAUCAGCGUGGCACAUCUUGAUGUGGAAAUAUUUGCCCACUCUUCUUUGCAAAACCGCUCCAAAUCUGACAGAUUUCGAGGGCAUCUCCUGUGCACAGCCCUCUUCAGAUCACCCCACAAAUGUUCAAUGGGAUUCAGGUCUGGACUCUGGCUAGGCCGUUCCAAAGUCUCAAUCUUAUUCCGGUGAAGCCAUUCUUUUGUUGAUUUAGAUGUGUGCUUUGGGUCAUUGUCGUGCCGAAAGAUGAAGUUCCUCUUCAUCUUCAGCUUCAGCUUUCUAGCAGAAGGCUGCAGGUUUUGUGCCAGCACUGACUGGUAUUUGGAACUGUUCAUAAUUCCCUCCACCCUGACUAAGGCACCAGUUCCAGCUGAAGAAAAAUAGCCCCAAAGCAUGAUGCUGCCACGACCAUGCUUCACUGUAGGUAUGGUGUUCUUUUGGUGAUGAGCAGUGUUGAUUUUGAGCCAAAUAUACCUUUUGCAAUGAUGCCCAAAAAGUUCAACUUUGGUUUCAUCAGACCAUAAAACAUUUUCCCACGUGUGUUUGGGAGAUUUCAGAUGUCUUUUUGCAAAGUUAAGCCGGGCUUUGACGUUUUUCUUUGUAAGAUAAGGCUUCCGUCUUGCCACCCUACCCCAUAGCCCAGACAUAUGAAGUCAGCGGGAGAUUGUUGUCACAUGUACUACACAGCCAGUACUUGCCAGACAUUCCUGCAGCUCUUUCUGUGUUGCUGUCGGCCUCUUGGUAGCCUCCCUGACCAGUUUUCUUCUCGUCUUAUCAUCAAUUUUCGACGGACGUCCUGUUCUUGGUAAUGUCACCGUUGUGCCAUAUUUUCUCCACCUGAUGAUGACGGUCUUCACCGUGUUCCAUGGUAUAUUUAAUUCCUUGGAAAUUCUUUUGUAGCCCUCACCUGACUGAUAUCUUUGAAUAAUGAGAUCCCUCUGAUGCUUUGGAAGCUCUCUGCGGAUCAUGGCAUGUGCUGGAAGAUGUGGCUACAAAAAUGUCAGGAAAAGCAUACUAGGACAGCUGAACUUAAUUUGGGGUUAAUCAGAAGCACUUUAAUUGGUGACAGGUGUGUGCUGACUCCAAUUUAACCUGAGUUUGAAUGUUAUUGGUUAAAUCUGAACACAGCCACAUCCCCAGUUAUUAAAGGGUGUGCACACUUAUGCAACCACAUGAUCUCAGUUGUUUAUUUCUACUUCACCUCCCUGAAAGAUUUCUGUUUGUUUUUCAAUUGUGUUGCACAGGUUAUAGGUCACAUUAAAGGCAGAAAAAGUUGUGAAUUUAUUUAUCUUGAUGUUACUUUUUACAUGACAGAAACUUGGCAUUUGAACAGGGGUGUGUAAACUUUUUCAACUGCACCAUAACUUUUUGAAAAAGUUUUCUUGUUGCUCUGUUUUUGAUCCUCACAGAUUGGACCAUCUAUUCCCAAAGAAGCGUUUUGUUCCAUGUUGAAGGACAACAAAGUUCUCCACAGCCUGUCUCUGCUGAACUGCUCAGACUGGGUGACGGACAAGGAGCUGCUGCCCGUGAUCGGCCAGAACCAGCAUCUGCAGCGAGUGGACAUGAGCGGAUGUGCUUGGCUCACCCGGCACUCCCUGGUGGCCGUGGCCUUGACCUGCACACACUUGCAGCACCUGGGCCUGGCGCACUGCGAGUGGGUGGACAGCCUGUCCCUGCGCAGCCUGGCCGAACACUGCGGGGGGCUCGAGUCGAUUGACCUCACCGCCUGCCGCCAGCUCAAGGACGACGCCAUCUGCUACCUGGCCAAGAAGUGCGUGAAGUUGAGGUCUCUAUCGCUGGCGGUCAACGCAAACAUCACUGAUGAGUCGGUGGAAGAGGUGGCCAAAAACUGCAGGGGCCUGGAGCAGCUGGACCUGACUGGUUGCCUGCGGGUCAGGAAUCAGUCCAUCAAGUACAUGAUUUCUUAUUUUCAAGUUGAAUCCCGCUAACUUUGUGUCAUCUCUGCCCAGUUUUUUCACUUGUGCAUCCAUCCAUAAGAUCCUCUACAUGCUGUGCUUACAGGACUCUUGCAGAGUACUGCCCUAAGCUGCGGUCCCUGAAGGUGAAUCACUGUCACAAUGUGACUGAGUCGAGUUUGGAUCCUCUACGGAAGCGCAACGUGGUGAUAGAUGUGGAGCCGCCUUUACAGAGGGCUCUGGUGCUUCUUCAGGAUGUGCUGGGGUUUGCUCCCUUUAUCAAUCUCCAGAUAUAACAGAAGGGCCAUUUAUCUGUCUAACAAGAGCACACAGGUGGGUAAUAUAAGCUGUAUAUCUACUUUACAAGCUUCUGACAUAUUUACACCCUAAACUGUCUAUCAUAUACCUUACUACAAUAAACAAUAACUUUUUUUGGCAACAGUUACUGCAAGUCAAACUUAAUAAUGUUAGAGUGAUUAACAUUGGUGUGGUUUUCUUUGGUUUCAGUUGUCUUUGCCAAAGCAGUCACCUCCAGCUGCACUACAAGACAAGACACGUGAGUUUCUCUGACUUAGUCUUAAUCGUCUUAAGAAAAAUCCAAGAGGACCUGGAUGUUUUGCACUCAAACUUCUGUGUCAAAAACAAACAAACCUCACUUGAAUAUGCUUGACGAUGCACAUUUAUGAACUGAAAACAAUUCUACGUGUGCAACCAACUGAGAAAAAGCCAUGAACUGUUAGGGAUCGCUGCCACAUGUCCAAAAGAUGUCACUUUUAUUCUUUAUUUUAUGUGUGAGUCAUUAAAUGUUGUAAUGAUGUGGCUUUAUAGAAGAGCAGUUCUAACCGAUGUACAGCAGUUUUUGUUUGUUUGUCAAACAAAGAACUGAAUUAACUUUGUGGAUACAAUAAAAACAUUUAUCUUAUGUUUCAGUUAGAAACAUUAAAUAAUGUUUGAGUUUAAUUGAACUUUUCAUUUUGCAUGUAUGUGCUAGUUUUUAAGAAAAAUUCACCAAAUAUCUCUGAAGCAUCCUCCACCACUCCUACUGCCAUCACAAUACUUUGAAUACACAAAGGUGUGAGAGUUCAGAGCUCCUCAGGAUAUACUCACACCUCACAAUUUUAAAGCAAUGAAAUCAUUUGAGCAGCUUUUUUGUCUUUUCUCACACAUAGUUAUGUUAAUAUCUGUAUAGCGAGACGCCUCUAGAGAUGACUGAUCAAGUGUUGACGUGUGUUUUAUGUUGCAAGAGAAACAUCCCUUUUAAACCACAAUGUUGAUACAUAAGAAAAUGUACAGCCCAGUAUAUAUGUGUGGAAUAAGUUAAGCAAGUUAUUCAUCAAACCCUUCAAAGCUCUUUUGUAAAAUGUACCUGUGUUAAAUGCACCUGCUCGGUUAUACAGUGUUUGAAUAUAUAAGAUAAAUUAAAUUGUAAAAUGCAAUAACUACUUUUCACUUCCAUUUGUUUUAACUUUAUUUUUGUCAAACAGAAAGAGAUUAAAAGUGACGUAAGAAAAUGUGUUGAAUUUAAGGUGGAAUGAGUAUGUAGAAACAGGACUGGUGUGGGUGUCUGUUCUGCUGCACAAACAUGAUAGAAUCACAAUAUAAGACAAAACAGAAAGAGCAGAUAAAUAGAACAAGAUGAAAAGUCAAAACAGAACUAUAACUUAACUUUUACCUCAAAUUUGGAUCCAAUACCAGAGCUGUUUAUUUUUCUCGAAAAUCAAAAACCUUUGGUCCCUAAAGGAUAAAAGUUGCAACACUUUUUGAUGAACAAAAUCUCAAGUCUGUUGUCUUAACACGACUGAAUGUACAGAUUUUUUUUCAGUGAAGAUUGAUUGACAUCUUAAGUUUGAAUAAUUAAAAAAAAACCGAACAAGAAAAGCAAUAGAAAACAUUAAAUGCUCCAUGAGGAGUUUUGAAGUGGUUUAGAAAUGGACAGAAACUGAUACUGGCUGCUCUCUGGGACCCUUAAAAGUAAAUGAGACCACCAUCAAGAAGGCUAAUAAUAGCACAGAGAGAAUUUCCAAUGCCUAAAAAGCACUAUGAGGUGGUAGGAACAGUGAAAAAAACACCCUAUUUUGACUUCACUGUGGUUGAUUUAAUUCACUUUUAAAAGACAACAGAUGAUUUUUUUUUUAAAACACUUCUGUCACAUGUAUAAAACAAGAGACAUAAAAAUAUCACUUUGUCCACAGGUAUACUGAAAAUAAUUUAAGUAAUUAAAUUAUUUUUUUUGAACAUUGUUUGUUGUAUUUUUUUUAGUUUCUGGGGUCUAGAGGACUAUCUCCAUGCAUAGGGGCUCACUUUUUCAAAAUGUGUUAUUUUAUGACUCAAACUGACACAAGAUGGCAGCAAUGAGUCAGGAUACUCAUCAGUCAUAACUCUGCUAGUGGAGAUGUUGCAUUACUUCUACACGACAGUACAAACAGGAGUAAUACAGACGACCUAAAAGUGUUUUUAAUGACCAGGAUACAAUCUCAGGUGUGAAUACAAGAGCCGUGAGUAAUUUCAAGAUGUACAAAACAUGUUAAAUGUUCGCCUAUUUGUCUAAAAGUGAAACAAACACCUCUUUUAUCAUCUUGUUAACACUUGAUUGAGUGAUUGCACUCUAAAAAUAGUUAAUGCUUCCUUUUGUUGUUGUUGUAGCUUUGUGUUUGAAAUCCCACCUUCACUUUCCUCUGGUGGUUCGACUGGCAGACUAUAUUGUAACUUGUCUCUGUGACAACACAACAGGUCUAUUUUCCACUUGAUGGCACGGUUUGGUCCAUCUGCUGCGUGCUGUCCACAAGCUGAGUGUGCACCAACAGA